AUCUCCGGCUUCAUCGUUCGUCUGUUUUGCUACAUUUUGAACUAGUUUAGCACCGAUAUUUUGAAAUUUAUUUUUAAGUUCUAUUCCUUUGGCUACAGUUACACCAUCUUUUGUUAUUUUAGGAGGGCCAAAUGUUUGCUCCAAAAUUACAUUCCGUCCUUUAGGACCCAUUGUAAUCGCUACAGCAUCUGCCAGAAUAUCUACUCCUUGCAACAUUAAGGAUCUCACGUCUGGCCCAAAUCGAACAUCUUUUGCAUAAAAUCUGCCCCAGUACUUUACUUUGAAAAUAUUGUUCUUGAUUUUGUUAAUUUUUAGAAACUGAGACAACAUUAUAAAAUAUUAAAAAUAAGGAUUUGUAAAAGACGUCAAGAAUGUUAUGAAAGGGCAAAUAAAGCAAUUGCAAAAUUUAUUUAAAUUUAGAAUGUAGCAGUAAAUAGUUUACAGUUUAGAAGAUAACUAAAAAAAACUGUGAUUUGAGUUUAAAAGAGAUCUUACUUAGAAGGUUCUUAUUAUAAUACCUGAUGUGUAUCUGCAUCGUUGAGGAUAGUCUAACGAUAACCGAGUCUGUGUCCUGUGAGACUGUGACAGUGCUGACACAAAAUGCCGUUACAUAUGAAUUUUUAAAAUUUUGUUUAAUAAGUAAAUUACUUCUUGUUAUAUUUUUAGUUUUUAAUUUUAUUUAAUCUCAUUACAGUCAAGAAACACACUGAAGUAUCCAUUGUAACUAUUUAAAAUGACCCAAAACAUUGUAUUCAAUAUAAAUAUAGGCGAUCAGUUAACAUCAAUUUCUUGUGGCCAUGUUAUUGUAGAGUUAAUAAAGUUUUUAGCAUACCAAAGGCUUCAAAUUCCAUACACAUAUCAGUGGCUAAAACAAAUGGUUAAUAAGAAGAAAGAUAAUGAAAAUAAAAAGGAUACGUACCAGUCGGAAAGACACUUUCACAUUGCUUCUACAGCAUUAAAUAACUUGGACUUUGUCCUUAAGAGUUUGUUGAAAGAAAUUGGAGAGGCAACUAAACCACAAGAAGUUUGUAUAGCAUUUGGUUCAAGUCCAAUCUCAUGUAAGGAGAUUUACCGUAUAGUCUUACCAACAGUGUGUCAUAAGCCACAAUGCCAAUCACCUCAUAUUGCAUCUGACAAAAAAAUACAAAGCAGUGUAUUUAGGAAUCUGGUGACUUCAGAAAAAUUGAGCCAAGUCUUUUUUGAGCCACUAUCACCUACUAACAUGUAUAUUUUCCUUAAAAAGGAAUUAUUAAAUAACCAGCAAGUUGUCUGUAGUGAUACUUUUCUUCAUGUUAAUGGGUACAGAAUGCCUAAAAGCUGUAAAGUUGUUGUUCUAAACUUUCCUGCUAAUCCUAAUAACACUAUGUGUUGUAAUGAUUUUAAGAUCUUUGGUAAUGCACCCAGUGGAGAUCUCUCAAAACUGAGCUUGGAUGAUUCUAGUGAUGAUGAUUUUCAUGAAAUUGAAUCUACUGAGAAAGUGCAAUGGUUUCAAUCAACUUAUGUAAUGAAAGGUUUUAAAGAUUGUAUUGUAAAUGGUAGUUCUAUUAUUAACAGCUGGCUACAUUAAUGUUAGUCAUCUUUUAUUAGCUCAAUUAUAUAUUUUGUAAGUGUAACGGUAGGGAUGAUAAUAUGUGUUUGAUGACUUAAGGGAAACUAAAUUUUUUAUAAAUUUUAUAAUUACACUUUGUUUUAUCAAUUUUAAUUUGUUACAUUUUGUCAUUUAGCUAAAAUAUAUGUUGA